AUGCGCCGCGGGAUGCCGAUGCAACAAAUGCCUCCUCCACAUCUCCAGCAACGCAUUCCGAUCCCACCGAGGAAGAAGAGAAAAUACGCCGACAAACUCAUCCCCGAGCCGGUUCGCCAACUAGUUCCCGAAUCGCAGGCCUAUAUGGAUUUGUUGUCGUUUGAGCACAAACUCGACACAACGAUCGCCAGGAAAAAGCUGGACAUUCAAGAAGCGCUGAAGAGACCUAUGAAAAUUCGACGUCGCCUACGAAUCUACAUUAGCCACACGUUUAUCCCGAGAAGAGAACCGGAAAAGGAGGGGGAUGAAGCCAUUCCACCAAUGUGGGAGCUGAGGGUCGAGGGGAAGUUGUUGGACGAGGCCCCCGGGCAGACGCCGGAGAAGAACCCGCCCGCCAAUCAACCACAACAGUCUCGCCCUCCAGCCAAGCGCAAAUUCUCCUCAUUCUUCAAGAGUUUGGUAAUCGAACUGGACAAAGAUCUCUACGGGCCCGACAACCAUUUGGUCGAAUGGCAUCGCACCCCGCAGACCAACGAAACCGACGGUUUCCAGGUAAAACGACCAGGCGAUCGCCCUGUAAAGUGUACAAUUCUGUUGUUGCUCGAUCAUCAGCCGAUCAAAUUUAAGCUCCACACCCGGCUGGCCAAGGUACUCGGAAUCGCUUCGGAAACCCGGCCAAAAGUCAUCGAGGCGCUUUGGCAAUAUAUCAAAACGCACAAGCUACAGGAUUCCGUCGAGCGAGACCACAUCAAUUGCGACCAAUUCCUGGAGCAGGUUUUCGGGUGUAAGCGGAUGCGCUUUAUGGAGAUCCCGCAGCGGCUGCAUCCGCUUUUGCAGCCACACGAUCCGCUGGUUUUGCAUCAUAUCAUCCAACCAAACGACGGUGGCGCGAAUACGGCAUGCUACGAUAUUGACGUCGAAGUGGAGGACAGCCUCAAGCAGCACAUGGCCAAUUUUAUGCAAAUGCAGUCGAAUCAGCACGAAAUCCAGCAGUUGGACCAGAAGAUUUACGAUCUAGUCGAUCAGAUCAACGAAUGGAAACUGAAGCGCGACAAUUAUUUGCGCUUUUCGGAGGACCCGCAGAAUUUUGUCGGAAAAUGGCUCGCUUCUCAAUCGCAAGAUAUUCCAAAGUUUACGGACCAGCGUGCCCCGCCGGCCGCCGAGGAGAGAUUUGCCGAAUUUUAUGCGCAGCCUAUGACAAGCGAAGGCGUGCAUCGGUAUGUCUAUCAAAAAGUGCAGACAAAGAGGGCGGAAGUCGAGCAAUCGCUUGGGCUACGUCAUAAU